AUGUGUGAUGCUGUUCGAGGAUCAGUUGUUCAGUUGGAUGAUGUUCAAGCUUAUCACAAUGAUAACCAGGUUGAUAGGACACAUUUAUAUGAAAAAUACAAAGGAGCUCUAUUAGUGGCAAUUGCACAAGAUGACAAUCAAAAUAUAUUACCAAUUGCCUUUGCUAUUGUUGAGGGAGAAACUGCCGAUGAUGACAUUGGUAUUAUUUCUGAUCGUCACAAGUCAAUUAAUGCAACAAUAAGACGAAGUAAUGGACAGUGGGAACCUCCAAAGGCAUUCCAUAUGUAUUGUAUCAGACACAUUGCUGAUAAUUUUUUGCGAAGAUUCAAGGCAUCUUACUUGCAUAAACUUGUCGUCCAUAUGGGUUAUUCGAGAACGGAACAUGAAUUUAAUAUUUAUUAUGAGCAACUACGGCAACGUGGAGAGAUUUAUACAGACUGGCUUGAUGAAAUUUUACGAGAGAAGUGGGUUCUUGCAUAUGACGGUGGGCAUCGAUGGAGUCAUAUGACCACUAACCUUGUUGAGUGCAUUAAUUCAGUGUUAAAGGGUGCUCGCAAUCUUCCACUAAUUAGAGCAACAUACUUUCGAUUGGCUGAGCUAUUUGCACGUAAAGAGCGUGAGGCCUGUGCACGGAAAGAGGCUGGACAUAUUUUCUCUGAAGCAGUGAUGACUCGAGUUCAAUCAUGUGAACAGGCCUCUAGAAAUCUGUGUGUGACUGUAUUCGACAGAAAGAAUGAGGCUUUUCUUGUUCAAGAUGUAUCCAAUAGUCAAGAAUAUAAAGUUGUUUUGAGGCAAAGGUAUUGUGACUAUGUUGACAUACAAACUGAUCGAUAUCCAUGUUGUCAUGUGAUUGCUGCUUGCUCUAGUCAAAAUAUUGAUUGGUGUGCUUAUGUUGAUGACAUUUACAAGAUCACUGAGAUAUGCAAAGUAUACAAAAAGGAGUUUGGGGUGAUUGGAAAUGAAAACACAUGGCAAAAAUAUAAAGGUCCAAAACUUUGUCCAAACCCGACCUUAAAGCGCAUAAUUAAAGGUCGUCCAAAAUCAACACGUUUUCUUAAUGAGAUGGAUAUGUGUGAGAUGAGAAGACCACGAAGGUGUAGUCUUUGCCGAGGUGAAAGCCACAGUCGAAGGAGAUGUCCAAAUGCUCCUGGGUCUAGUUCACAGUAUUGA